AUGGCAGCAACCUCUCCGCAUAUCGCAGCACGAGGCUACGGAUCGAAUGCUACAUACGUACAUGAGUACUCAAGGGGGUUAGAUGGGGUGGAUAUCCCCCGAGAUGCGAUCAUCACUCGGAUCAUCUACAUCUCCCUGAUUGUCGUGGCAUUCGCAUUAUUCUGUGGCCGAGUCGCCCAGAUCAGCCAUGCCUACCUACGCCAGAUUACAGCGUCCAGUUUAAACAAACAGCAGCAGACCUUCUGGGCCCAGGAACAAUCAAGAUGGUGGCCAAACCUCAAGAAACACAUUCUGUACGCCCCAAUAGGACGGAAGAGACACAAUCGAGAACUGCAGCUCUCUUCCGCUGUCAAUGUCGGCACCCUACCCUCCCGAAUGCAGAGCAUUCUGAUCAUACUGUACUUUGUCAGUCAAGCCACAUACUGUGUCUACCUGGACUACAGCGUCAACGAGAAAGCAGCCUUGAUAGCUGAACUCCGUGGUCGAUCAGGGACGCUGGCCGUUCUCAAUAUGGUCCCGCUGUUCCUCCUCGCCGGCCGAAACAACCCCUUGAUACCGAUCCUGCGCAUCAGCUUCGACACAUACAAUCUCCUCCACCGCUGGCUGGGCCGUAUCGUCGUCCUGGAAUCCAUCGUUCAUACAUCUGCUUGGGCCGUCAACGCCGUCGACGAGCAAGACUUCACCCACAUGCUUGCUCGCAUCCGCAAUACACCCUUCUUCACCUGGGGUCUCGUAGGCGUUACCUCAAUGAUCUUCCUCUGUCUGCACUCACCCUCGCCCAUCCGCCAUGCCUUCUACGAGACCUUCCUGCACUUACACCAACUCGCUGCCAUCCUCGCCUUCCUCGGCGUAUACGUGCACCUCAACAUCGACGCCCUCCCCCAAUUACCCUGGGCACGAACAAUCGCCAUAAUCUGGCUCUUAGACCGACUCAUCCGGUUCGCCCGUCUCAUCUACCUGAACGUCUCAACGUCCGGCACAACAAAGAUGGUCGUCCAAGCCCUCCCCGGCGAAGCCUGCCGCGUAACCUUCCACCUCCCAAAACGCAUAACCGUCCAACCAGGCUGCCACGUCUUCGUCUACAUCCCCACCAUCUCCUGGUGGAUGUCCCACCCCUUCUCCAUAGCCUGGGCCGAAUCCAGCACGAACAGCACCACAUCAUCCCUACUCCCAACACAAACACCCAAAUACGCCGACCUGGAAAAACAAACCACCCUCCCACUCCCACCCACGAAACCAACAACCCAAAUCUCCCUGAUAAUCAGCGCCCAAAAAGGCAUGACCCGCGCCCUCUACAACGCCGCAAACGCCUCCCCCACCAAAUCCCUAACCCUCCCCGGCUUCAUCGAAGGUCCCUACGGCUCCCACCCCACAAACCCCCCAAGCUACGGCACCACAAUCCUCUUCAGCGCCGGCGCAGGAAUAACCCACCACCUCCUCCACACCCGCCAUCUAGUCACGCAAGCCGCACAGCAAACAGCCGCAACCCGCAAAGUCUACCUCAUCUGGUCCGUUCGCUCAACAGACCACCUCGCCUGGGUCAGCAGCUACAUGGACCAGAUCCUGCGACUGCCCGGUCGACGGGAUAUUCUUGUCAUCAAGCUUUUUAUCUCGAAGCCAAGGCGCGCGGCGGAGAUCGUUUCGCCGUCAGCGACUGUCUUGAUGCAUUCUGGUCGCUGUAGGCCGGAUGUGGUGCUUGAUGAGAUUUUGCCUGGGAGGACGGGGGCGACGCUGGUUAGCGUUUGUGGGCCGGGGGCCUUUGCGGAUGAGGUUAGGGCUGCAACGAGAAAGAGGAUUGGAAAAGGGGCUGUUGUGGAUUUUGUGGAAGAGGCUUUUACGUGGUAG